CAUAACUUUGUGUUUUGGCUGACUAGACAGCAAUGCCUUUGACAUUCGUUAAAUAUUUUACUACUUAGAUAGUUUCUUAUAAGCUUAACUAUUACAAAACAAGCAAACAAACAGGAAACAAAAAAAAAACUAUUUGUAAUAUUUUUUAUCAAAUUAAGUAUAAUUUCUUUUAAACGGGAACUUAUUGAACAUGAAAACAGGAUUGGUCCUUUAUAUUUUAUUGUUGGCGUGCUUUCAAGGAAUAUACGCCAGACCAGCCCGCCGUUCUUGUGCCAACUUUAACCCGUUCUGCAGAUGUCCUCAGUACGAAAAUGGUUGUUAUACAUGCCCGACCACCUGCCCAUCAGCUGCAGGUUCAGCGACCAGCAGCAUUGCUUUUCAUCCUGGUAUGAAUCCCGAGAUACAUACCAAUCCACCAAGCACAUCUGGCACUUCCGGUACCACGCAGACUCAAGCCCCUUCUAAUACCCCGUCAUCGCAUUCAACUAACAGCCCCACCAGUCCUACCCAAUCGUCAAGUACUUACAAAUCUGCACAAACACCAGCGCCCAGUAGUUCUCCGUCCACACAAGGAAGCGGAUCAUCUUCCACGGGAAACCAUGAACUUGUAUGUCCCCCAUUACCGUCCUGCCCAGAUGCCACGAAGAUAACAUAUGAUGACAACAAUUGCGCUAUAUGCUCCAGCACAGGUAUGUAG